GAGGGCAGAUGUACAAUUUAUUGCAGUUGUGUGUACAGUGUACAAUACUUUGAAGGAAGGACCCCCGCCUUCCCCGGCUGAGGAAAAUGGCCGACGUAGAGCUGGAAAUCGAGUCUACAAGAAUGAAUAAUAAUGGGAACGAACACGUGAAAGAAGAUUUGGAGAGCAAUGAGAAGAGUGGGAGCGAGGAGGAGAGUGUUGAAAAUUCUGAAGAUGAAGAGGACGAUAAAGAGGUUGGAGAGGGGGCAGCUGAAAUGAAUGGAGAAAAGACAGCAGAGAGGUCCAAAUAUUACAGCAGUGGCAGCAAACACAAGAAAAAGAAGCACAAACACCGCAGCAAGCACAAAAAACACAAACACGCCUCCGAAGAGGACAAGGACCGCAAGCGCAAACAUAGACACAAACACAAGAAACACAAACGUAAAGAUGGCUCCUCUCCAUCCGCCCCUGGCAUCAACAGCUCCUCCAGCCACAGAAAAACGGACAUAUCCCCUGUAUCUGAUGACAAGGCUUUAUUGGAGGAGUUGGAGAAACAGAGGGCCAUGAUCAAAGCAGAGCUAGACAGCCAGAUGAUGGAGGGGGGCAAGGUGCAGUCAGGCAUGGGCCUCAUCCUACAGGGUUAUAACUCUGGCUCUGAGGAGGGAGAUGGAGAUGGGGGGGUCCGGAAUGGGGAGCAGCACCAGAGGGGCAGCAUGGCAAAGCCCCCCUCCCCCAGGGGUAGGAGUGGUAAAUCCAGACGGGACACCACAGAAGCAGGCAAGUCCAGCUCCAAGCGCCACAGUCGGAGCAAGUCCAGGGAGAAGACUGGCAAGGAGUCCAAGUCAGACAAAACGACCAAAGGCACCAAAAACACCGCCGCCAAAGACCGUGGCCGCAGCAAAUCAAAAGAGAGGAAACGCUCCCGGAGCAGGUCCAAAGAGAGAAGCAAGAAGUCUCCUUCCCCCUCUAGCAGGAGAUCAGAGCAGAGGGGCGGCCGCUUGGAUAAACGCUCUUCGCCCCAGAACGAUGUCAGACCAAACGCGGUGCACGGCAGCCGGAAGUCCAGAUCACGGGAGCGUCCAGGACGAUCGGAGGCGGAGAAAGAGCCGGACAAGAGGCCGACCAAGUCCCCGUUUAAGGACACCUCGUCAGGGAAAGAGAAUCGCUCUCCACAAAGGCGAGGAGGAAGGGAGCUCAGCAGCCCCCAGAGGAGACGCAGCACCUCCCCACGCUCCACCAGAGACUCCCAACGGGCAUCAGCUUCAGCCUCUACCUCCAAACAGGGCUCUCCUUCCAGAGCAGCCAGGUCCCCAGCCAGGAGAGGCAGCAGUCGCUCCAUAGACGCCAGGAGGAGGGAUGCUGACAGACAGGGCUCCUCACCACUAAGGAAGCGAAUACGGCCAGAAGCAGGACCAGGGGGUAGAGCGAGGUCACGGGAGACCAGCCCCAGAGGUGCUCCCCAAGGUCGCAGGAUGAGCCGCUCUCCCUUCAGAAGAAGGUCUCCCUCGCCCUUCCGGAGACGGAGUAGAUCUCCACUGAGACGCAGGUCACCAGAGAGGGACAGGUACGGCCGUCUCAGACAGUACGGCAGGCGCUCCAACUCCCGGGACCGGGACAGGAGGAGGAGACAUGGCCGGGACGAGGACAAAUUCAAGGGCAGCCUCUCUGAGGGCAUGAAGGCUGACAAGGAGUCCUCCGAAGAGGAAGUGUUUGAGGAUUUUGACGGUGAGGAGGUGGAUGAAGAGGCCCUCAUAGAGCAGCGCCGCCAGCAGCGUCUAGCUAUCGUCCAGAAAUACCGUGGCGGCAACGAGGACAGCAUGACGUCUAUGGCGUCGGAUCCCAGUAGCCCCCAGAGCAGCACGCGGAGCCGCUCGCCCUCACCAGACGACAUCCUGGAGCGCGUGGCGGCCGACGUGAAGGAGUACGAGCUGGAGAACCUGGACACGUUUGAGGAGAACAUCAAGGCCAAGCAAGGCCUCAUCACACAGGAGAAGGAUGGACUCAAAAAGCCCUCAGCCCCUGAUAUGUUUACAGAAUCGGACGACAUGUUUGAAGCAGCCAUUGAUAGUGCCAGGAUGAGAGCAGCAGGUGUGGGGGGGAAGGACUUCAAAGAGAACCCCAACCUCCGGGACAACUGGACCGACGCAGAGGGUUACUACCGUGUGAACAUCGGGGAGACGCUGGACAAGCGCUACGACGUGUAUGGCUACACAGGCCAGGGAAUGUUUAGCAAUGUGAUCAGGGGCAGGGACACGGCCCGCGCCGGACAGGAUGUGGCUGUCAAGAUCAUCCGCAACAACGAGCUCAUGCAGAAGACUGGCCUGAAGGAGCUGGAGUUCCUCAAGAGGCUCAACGACGCCGACCCCGACGACAAGUUCCACUGCCUGCGCCUCUUCAGACACUUCUACCACAAGCAGCACCUGUGUCUGGUGUUUGAGCCCCUCAGUAUGAACUUGCGCGAGGUGUUGAAGAAGUAUGGUAAGGAUGUGGGCCUCCACAUCAAGGCUGUCCGCUCCUACACCCAGCAGCUCUUCCUGGCCCUCAAGCUCCUCAAACGGUGCAACAUCCUCCACGCUGACAUCAAGCCCGACAACAUCUUGGUGAAUGAGUCGAAGACCAUCCUGAAACUCUGCGAUUUUGGCUCGGCAUCCCACGUGGCGGACAACGACAUCACACCGUACCUCGUCAGCAGAUUCUACAGAGCUCCCGAAAUCAUCAUUGGGAAGCCGUACGACUACAGCAUAGACAUGUGGUCGGUGGGCUGCACCCUAUACGAACUCUACACUGGCAAGAUCCUGUUCCCCGGCUCCUCCAACAACCACAUGAUCAAACUUGCCAUGGACCUCAAGGGCAAGAUGCCCAACAAGAUGAUCCGGAAAGGCCUGUUCAAAGACCAGCACUUUGAUCAGAACCUCAACUUCCUCUACAUUGAAGUAGAUAAAGUGACUGAAAGGGAGAAGGUGACAGUGAUGAGCACCAUCAACCCCACCAAGGACCUGUUGUGUGACAUGGUGGGGGGCCAGCGGCUGCCCGAGGAGCAGAGGAAGAAGGUCCUGAUCCUCAAAGACCUGAUCGACGCCACUCUGAUGCUGGACCCGGCCAAACGCAUCAGUAUCAACCAGGCCCUGCAGCACCCCUUCAUCCAGGAGAAAAUCUGACUUCAGACCAGCUCACAUUAUACCACUAGCCUGGUUCCAGAUCCAUUUGUGCUGUCUCGCCAACUAUGGUCAUUCUGAUGUCAAUUGCAUGACAACAACAACCAUUGGCAAAACAGAUCUGGGACCAGGCUACUAUACCACCACCACCCAGAGCAGCGAUGUCAGGUUGAAUACUGCAGUAUGGCAGCCAAAAAGACAAGACCAGACUCCUCAUUAAGAAUGUUAUGGAUGUAUAUUUUUCCCUCCCCUUAUUUUGAUUGAUGGGUACUAUAACCUGGUAUCUAGUUUUAUUGUAAAUAGGUCAUUGAAAAUUGACAUUCAAAAAAAUGUUUUAACUGGCAAUGAAAUGACAGACAUUGACAGAAUAUAAUUACUGUAAAUAUGUCUAUUGCGUUGUUGGAAGAAUCAGUGUUCAUCAGUCUAGAAAUUUGGGUCGUGUACUAGUCGCAUCAAGAAGAUGAUACAUAAUGGCACAUCUUCUGCAGUUUCUUUUUUAUGAUUACAAACAUUGCUCAUUCUGCUACGAUGCACGCUUUUGAAUGUGCAUUCUUUCAUUGUGCCCUAGACGUGUGUAGCGCAGGCCUGUGUAAUGUAAAUGCUCUGUGUGCGUAGCAGCAAUUAUGUCCCAUAUGUAAUGGCAGUACAAUACCAAUUUCACAGGUCACAGGCCUGUGCUUAAGGAAUGGACUCUCCUCAGAAAAAUAGGAAUGUUCCAUUUCAAGCACGGUCAUUGUGUUAUUUUACAGAACAGCCUCGAUUGACUCCAAUGAUUUCACAACUUCUCUUUAUUUCUCACUUUUUCUCUCUCUCUGACAUGGUCCUGGCUAUAGGCUCUCAGCCUCGUGCAUGAGCCUUGUGUGUAAAACACAUAAAUGCCACUCUCCCUCA